AUGUUUAAUCGUCUCAUCAACCGUCUCAACAACAACCAUCCAACACGCCCAGCAUCAAUGAAUGACCCGCCUAUCAUCAACAUCAAUCAAUCCUCAACACUUCCAUCGCUCUACAGUCACCAUAGCCGUAAAAAGCGAAGCUGUGCGGAGCUAGGCGAUUCUUCUGUCGCCGCCAUCGUCAAGGACCGCUUCAUCGCCAUCGCCACGAACAGGUCCGACACCACCGUACCGAACCGAUUCACCGCCAUCGCGCCAGCGAAACCCAGCAAGUCGACGAAGAAGAAAACCUGCGCGAUUCAUCCUUUGAUACAAGUGCCGAAUCAACUGGUUGGCGCCCCACUGGGAACCGACGUAACACUCAUCUGUAACGUUGAAGCAUCCCCCAAGGCAAUCAACUAUUGGCAGCGCGAAAUUGGCGAGAUGAUAAUCUCCAAUGAGCGCUACUCGAUGACCGAAAAUGAAAGCUCGAUGUACGCGGUACAGAUGACGCUUGUGAUCCAGAAGCUGCACAAAGCGGAUAUGGGCGGUUACAAGUGCAUAUCGAAGAACAGCAUCGGGGAUGCCGAAGGAACGAUACGGUUGUACGAAAUGGAGCUCCAGAAAAAAACUAAAUCAGCACAUAGACUGAAUAGCGUCGAAGAUACCUCUGUAAAUGAUGAAAUCAACUCAACGCCCAACAUUGACCAACCCGAGGAGAAUAAUAAAAUCCACAAAAACGGCCGGCUCUACAAGGGCCUGCAGAGCAGCGAGCACAACGUGAUGAGCUCCGGAGCAGUCGGCAGUAGUCAUCAACUCUUCCAUCCGUUCCAUCUGCACCAUCGGCCCCAUCAAUCAUCCGGCGGAUGGUCCGGCGGGGCAAAGCUUUUAAUUGUCCUGCUGGUGCACCUUCACCAACUGCUGAUCCGGCUGGUGAAGCUGCUGUUCGGUACAGUGCGCCGCAGCUUAUGCUUCUGUAGGAUAAUCUUUCGAAGUUGGACGGGCGACUCGUCCCCGGUUCUGUUAUACUCGUCGGUGUGAUUUUUGCUGUUACUUCUGCUGAUAGAUGUGCGUUUGAGCGUUGUAUAAGGCUGCUAGUUGUUGGGACAUCGUGGACAAUGCAAG